UCUGCUGCUGCAUGCAGGCAGAUCGCAUUCCGAUGUGAGCGAAAUGUAACCACCGCUGUGCGGACUUCAUGUUUCCUAAAACCGUCUCCUGACGCUUAUUUGAAGGAAUAAAAAGGAAUAAAAUGUCCACUUUGAAGGAGGCAAACACGUGUCCUGACGGGUACAGGGCUUUAAGCACCAGUGAGCUGCAGGAGCUUUUACAAAACGACGAGAAAAUGGACCAAAUCCUUCGACUCAAUGAAAAGUUUCAGGAUCUGCAGGUGGACCGAGAGAUGCUGCUGUCGACCAAUCGGAGCGUGGCGGAGGAGAGUCUCGCCCGGCAACCGCAACUUAAUAACGGCAAACUCCAACUGGCGGAGAAAUACCGGGAACUGUCCAACCUGGCAACCACAUGCUGGGAAAAACAGAGUCAGCUCGGUGAGUUUGAGAAAGUGGACGAGGAGGAAGAGGGGAGGGGGCGGGGGUUGAUGUUUCUGGCUUCAUAUGAGGAGUGUGUUCAAGGUCACUGGUAAAUAUGGCCUUUCUAAGUGGAAGUGAAGCACUGAAAAGCUGCCAUUUUGCAGACAAUAUGACCCUUUUUCUGACUAUUGUUGAAGUCCUUUUUUACUUAAAGGACCACAGAGCUCUCUUAAGGUUUCAUGUGGACUUCAGUAACGACAAGCCAAAAGAGAAACUGGAGAAAAAUGUUGCAUCCUUACCACUUAAAGCUAAUUACCCAGAAUGUCCCACAGUGUGUCUUACCUUUUUAUAAUUGCAGCAACAUAGAGACCGUACUGAAACGCUUUGGGACGCCGAGAGAGGAAUUCAAUCAGUUUUGACACUUUAACAUUUCACACCGGAGCAUUUCUUACCAUACGACCUUUUUCAGACUAUUGUUGUCGUCCUACUUUAGAAUAAAACUAAAGAAAGGUUGUAUCCUAGCCUCUUGAAGCUAAUUACACACAGUCUCCCACAGCACAAAUAUACAGUGUUCACGGCACGCCUUGAGAAAUGUAAUCAGUUUUGACGCGCUGUGACACUCCUCGCUGGUGCAGAGAAUAAGGGACGUUUCACAUCAGAGAACAGAGAAGCUUCAGAGCGCCAGUGAGACGA